AUGAAACCUUUAAAUAAAAAUGUGUAAGUAAUUCAUAAUUGGCAUGAUAGUCCAGUUAGAGUGAAUUUGAAAAAGUAUUGGAAAAAGAAUCCUCUUGAUUAUAUUUAAUUACCAAAACCUUAUUCAUAAAAAAAUAAGAUAACUUAUUCUAAGAGAAUUAUAAAUGAUUUCGUUGAAGUAGUGAAUCAUAGAUAAUAGAUGGUUAAUGGUAUUGUAGAGACAGCAAAUCAUUUUUAAAUGGCAUCAUCAAAAAUAAAAGAUUGUUUUGCAGAAUUUUAUGGUCCUGAAAAUCAUUAUUAAAAAGAAUUAGAUAGAGUAUUAGAUAAUGUAAAACCAGAGUUUAGAUAUAUAAAGGCAAUAGCACAUUAGAAUUUAAGAAAAAUAAAUAGUUUAUUAAAAAAGUAAAAACAAGAAACAUAAAAAGAUUUGCAUCCAUUAAAAAUAUUGACAAAGAAGGAUAAAUUAUUUUUAUUAAGUGAUCCAAAAAAUAAAGAUAUUUUAAAAAGUGAUUCAAGUUAAUCUAGAACAGAAACUAUUGCUAUAACACCUGGAGAGGAUAAAUUUACAUCAUAAUAUAAAAUGAUGAUACAUAAAUAACAUUAAAGAGAACAACAAAAAUAGAAUAUGAUUUAAAUAAGAUUAUUUGACAGUUAAUUAAAAUAUUAAGGUGAUGAUUAUGUUAAAUAGAAUAUAUUCAAAUCAAAUAUGAAGCAUACCUAUACUCCUAAAAAUAUUGAUAAAAACUAUUAUGUUAACAAUUUAAGACAUUCUACUUAAGAAUCAAUUGAAUUGAAGAAUCCAUCACAUUUUAAAACUACUUAUCAUAGUCGUUAAAUGAGUAAUUAUGUAUCAUCAAAUGCUUCUCAAGAUAUCAUUAUAGGUUAUGAUACUAUUAAAGAAAAUAAUAGUAAAUAUGAUUCUUUAUAAUAACAUUAAUCUAAUGAAAAUAAAAAGAGAUCUUAUCGAUCAUUCAAAGAAUUAACAAAUCAUCAAAAAGAUAUUGAAAUUAGAAAUAGAACAGAUACUAAAUAAUUUACAAGAACUGCAUCAUAACCUAUAAUCACACAUUUGUGA